CGAGCCAAGGCAGAGGAGUCGGGAGCCGGGGAUGCGCCGGGCGCUGGAGGGGUGCUCGCGCUUGCCAGGGGCGUCCUCACUCCCAGCCUGGGGUGGCCCUCUGGAGCCGCCUCCCAGUCUCUCCCGGGCUCCCAGAGGUUUGGCCCCUUCCCGGACACCCUGAAUCCACCCACUUCGCGGCCAGCCGCGUCCUUACGGCCCCGAGCAGCGUCCACAGCCUGGCUUUCCCGAUUCUCACGCAUCGAUGGACACCUAAUCCCCUGCUACCUUUGUCUGAAAACCAAGAAGUUUUGUUCUACUGAUCUAACUGCCUGAAAUUUUUGCUGACAUUAUACAGGGGGAAAAAAUGCUGAUUCUGUCCUUUUUUAACCCAUGUGUGAAACUUUGACUUGCAAUAUACUUAUUCAUUCUCUGAACCUCAUAAAGAUGUCUGAACCUGACUCUUCAUCUGUGUUUUCAGGAAAUGUGGAGAAUGGCACUUUCCUUGAGCUAUUUCCCACAUCCCUGUCCACAUCGGUGGACCCAUCCUCAGGCCACCUAUCAAAUGUCUACAUCUAUGUGUCCAUAUUCCUCAGCCUUUUAGCAUUUCUACUUCUGCUUUUAAUCAUUGCCCUCCAGAGGCUCAAAAAUAUCAUCUCCUCCAGUUCCUCCUACCCUGAGUAUCCAAGCGACGCGGGGAGUUCCUUCACCAAUUUGGAAGUCUGUAGUAUUUCCUCUCAAAGGUCCACUUUUUCAAACCUUUCAUCAUGAUGAAAAUGGAAGAAUCCUUGAAUGCCGCUGCAGCUUAGGUCUUCCCUUAUGGGAAGUGUCACAUGAAGCAGUUGCCUCAUGAGAAAAAUGACCUUUUAAUUUUUGUCAACCAGUUAGACCUGUUUCUUCACGAUUUAUUUUUCCAUUCAUGAGGCUUUUCAUUUAUGAAUGUAGAAGCCGAUGUUGACAGAAAUGUGUGCAAACCUCAAGGUGUAUUUCACACAAACCACCUGACGAAUCAGGAGUUGGCUUCUUCAAGGUGGAUCAGUUCAUUCCAGCCGUUGGACACCCGGGGCAGUUCCCUGAGGGCCUCGCAGUGGGUGCUGUCUGCGGACUCUGCAUCUCAUUUCUCUUACAAAACUGUGAAACCAACUGAGCCAGCAGAAACUGGCAAAAUUAAGUCUGAGCUAUUUAGAAGAUAUUUUCCAUAUUUAAAAGAUAAAGCAGAAAUACCAAAUAAAAAAAAAGAGUCAAUUUAGAUUUAAUGUAUAAUAUUUCUAAAACUAGAGGCAAAAAUAUGCUAAAUGUUUUAUUUAAUUUCACAUUGACAAAUGAGAAUCACAUUUAUUGAUGAAUUAAGUUGUAUUUGGAAAAGUUUUAGAAGAGUUUAACUUUUAAUUAUGAUGCAGUUUGUAAUGUAUUUCUUCCUCCUGAGGUUUUUUUUCCCACUUAUGUUAUAAUGUUCUAGAGUUGCAGAAUUCUUUGUGGUAAUUGCUGUUACUAUUGCUAAGAGAAGAACCCAAAAAGGCAGCAGGAAGUUUUUAUUUUAUGCCCAUAAUUUCCAUCAGUGGGAAUUGAGUAUAUGGAAAAUGUUAAUUUAGUUGUGUUUUAUACAAUAAUAACUCCUGGCAGUCAUGUAUGUCCCUUUAUUCAGUUGCACAGUCUUUAUAAUUUUAGUACAGAAUUAUAUUAAGUCUCUGAGAUGUCAGAUGUUUGUUUACUCUCAUUAGGUUACAUUGCUAAUAUAUGUUAUUAUAUAUGCCGUGAAUGUUACAUGUCUCUGAUAAUUGUUGUAUGUGAAGAUAAUACUCUGCAUUUACAAUUCUAGGACAUGGGUUUGUAUUAAAAAUUAUACUCAAGCUGUGCAGCUCCUGGAAGCCUGGUGAUCCUGGGAGCUGCCCUACUGUGGUCAGCCACGCACUCUGACCUGGAGGCGCACACGUGGGCACAGGCAUGGAAUGUGGAGGAAAUCAGGCUGCCCCUAGGGUCGGGGGAAAAAGCAAACUACAGCUUCGCAAGAUAAGAAUUUUAAUUUGAAAAAGAAAUGCCCCCCUCGGCAUAAACGCUGAACUUGUUCAGCCUGCGGAAGCGUGGCAUCAGCAUAGCCGCGUCUUCCCGGGGCAACAGGGCCAUCCUCGUCCUGAUCACCUGCUGGUCUUUAGGAGUGAAGCUUCACACGCCUUUUGGACUGAUGGCUGGCAGCACUACCCACUAACUGGAAUGAGGUAAAGAAUCCACCAUUUUCACAAGGUUUAUCUUUGUCACUCUAAAACGCUAGGAGAGAUGAGGCCUGGUAACGAUGAUCAGGUUCCUUUUUCUUAAUCCCUAAGUCUCACUUAAAUCAAACCACAUUGAACUACUUUUAUAUCAAUAAUGCUCCCAAACACCAUAAAAACUGCAGACGGUCACUGCCCUAAUUAGUGAAAAAUUUAACUCUGCUGCCAUUUAAAGCAUAGCAGUGUGUUGGAGUGUUAUUAUGUUGUAUAAAUGCUGGACUAGAAAAACUCUGCUAUUUUAGAUCAUUAUCGGCAUUCUCUGAACGUGUGUGUGUGUGUGUACACAAUGCAUUCUCAGAAUAUAUAUAUACAUGUGUAUAUAUUCACAAUAACCCAUUAAAAGUUGUAUGAAAGCUAAGAGGAUUACAGAGGCAUCUAUAUUAUCAGUUUUGCUCUUUGAUUCAUCUUGCGUCAUUUUGGUUACUGAGGAAGAAAGGACAUGGAUGAAGUGAUAUUUAAAAAUAAAGAAAUGAGUUUGCCACACAACAGGACAAUCUGAGUAUUAUCUGUGCUAAGGAAGGACUUUAUACUCUCUAGAAGAGACAUAAAGACUUCUGAAAAUAAAUUAUUUUUAAAAAUCUGCAGACACACUCCCUCCCAUCCCUGCUGUGAUGGUUCUUGCUCUCAAGGUUAAGUUGAAUUAGGAGCAACAUUCGAAGAUGUAAAAUAGGGUGUGUGCUGACAAACUUGCCAGGAUAACAGGCUGUACAACUUGAGGUGAAUUUAUAUUGUUUAAGAAGUACAGAAAGGUUAGAAGACUGGCUUAUAAAUAAAGAAGUAGAGCCCA